AUGAAGCCCCCCGGGGCCAUGGGGACGCUGCUGCGCGCGCUCGGCCGCCGCGAUGGCACCGACACGCCGCGGCCGCCCCCGCCCGCCCCCCACACGUUCCGUGAGCGGAGCCUGCGCCGCGGGACGCCCUGCGGGGGCUGCGGGACCCCCCUGGGACCCCACGGGCUCGUGUGCAGAGUUUGCAAAGUCGCCGCCCACAAGAGAUGUGAGAGCAAGGUGACGUCACCGUGCCAACCUCUGCCCCCGCCUGAGCUGAGGAGGAACACGGCCCCGGUGCGGCGCAGCGAGCGCGUGGUGAGACCCCCGAACCCCCAAAAACCUCUCGACUCCCUGACCCUCCCCCCGACUCCCCGCGGCCCCAGCCCCGAGCCCUCCCCCUUCCCCCCCCUGGACCUGACAUUCGUGACUGAGCGGAUCCUGAGCGUGGGGGUUCCGGGGGGCGGCGAGGGGGAUCCCGGGGGGCACCUGCGGCACCUGGCGAAGCUCCUGGGGGCGCGGCACGGUCCCAACUACACGAUCUUCAACCUGUCCGAGAAGCGCCGCGACCUCGCGCGCCUGAACCCCAAAGUGCUGGAUUUCGGGUGGCCGGAGCUCCUCGCCCCCUCCCUGGAGCUGCUCUGCUCCGUCUGCAAAGCGCUCGAGGGGUGUCUGGGGGGGCACCCCCGCAACGUGGCCGUGCUGCUCUGCAAGGGCAGCAAGGCCCCGGUCGGGGUGGUCGUGGGGGCGUUUCUGCACUACAGCGACGUGUGGGGCAGCCCCGAACAGGCACUGAACGCGCUGAGUAUGAGGAGAUUCUGCGAGGAGAAACUGGGGGGGGUCCUGCAGCCCUCCCAGCGCAGGUACACGGAGGAUUUCGGGGCGCUGCUCUCGGGGCGACUCCGCCUGAACAGCUCCCCCCAGUUCCUGCACCACGUCCUGCUGCCCCCCCUGCCUGCCUACGACCCCCCCGAUGGCUGCCGCCCCUUCCUCAAGAUCUACCAAUCGCUGCGGCUCGUCUACACCUCGGGGGUCUACAGCCCCCCCGCCUCGCAGUCGCUCUGUGUCACCCUGGAACCGGCGCUGCUGCUCAAGGGGGACGUGAUGGUGCGCUGUUACCACCGGCGGCGGGGGGGGCGCGAGGCGGUUUUUGGGGUUCAGUUCCACACCGGGACCCUGCGCGGGCCCCGCCUGAGGCUGCGCCGGGACGAGCUCGACGUGGCCUGGCAAGACCAGCGCUUCCCCCCCGACGCCACCGUGGAGUUCAUCUUCUCCUCAGGCCCCGAAAGGGUCGAAGGCUGGGUCCCCCCCCGCGGCCCCCCCGCCGCCCCCAUCGAUUACGGGGUGCGGGAUCCCGCGGUCCGGCGCGACUCCUACGAGGGGCCCUGGGAUAGCCCCGAGGAGCCCUCCCACACUUGGGGUCCCCUGGAUGGCAGCCCCUACGCCCGCGUGCAGAAGAAGGGGGUUCCCUGCCCCCCCGGGGGGGACUCUGACUCCCCGCCCCCACCCGGAGCCCCCCACGGCCGCCCCCCGCCCCCCACGGCCGCCGAGCGCCGGGAGCUGGAGCAGCUGCUGGGGGGGUUCGGGGUGCGGGGGGGCCGCGAGACCCCCGGCCCGAGGGAGGAGCCCCCCGACACCCCAGAACCUCUCGGGACCCCCACAGCCUAUGGGACCCCCGAACCACUUGAGACUCCGGCACCCUACAGGAAUCCCACAUCCUACGGGACCCCGAUAUCCCACGGGACCCCCACAUUCCAUGAGACCCCCGACUGCCAGGGCUGGGGGGGCGUCUCCGCACUCCCCACCCGCCCAAUUUAUAGCGGGCACGAGUGGGGAGCGCACCCUCUGCAGCCCCUAGAUUGCCCCCAUUGCGGCCGCCCCGGGCUGGGGCUGGAGCGGGGACCCCCCCCUAGAAAAGGGGGCUACGACCCCCCCGCCAUAGGGGAGCCCCAGGAGCCGACAGGGCGACGCAGCCCCAUUGAGGGGAGUCCCUGGCCGGGCCCUCCCCGCCCCCCCUCCGAGUCUCCCCGGGCCCCCUCCCCCAGCAGCGGCACCCCCGGAUCCCCCCCGCCCCCGCAGCCGCCCCUGCCCGAGAAGCGGCACCCCCCGGCCCCGGGGGGGCCCCGGGACCCCUCCUCACCCCAGCGCAGCCCGGCGGGGACCCAGGGACACCCCUCGGCCGGGCCGGGGCCGGGGCCGGGCGGGACCCCCCCCGGGGGCACCUUCGUGCAGGACACGACCAAGUUCUGGUACAAACCGGGGCUGUCCCGGGAGGAAGCCGUGUCCCUGCUCAAGGCGGCCCCUCCCGGCUCGUUCCUGGUCCGCCGCAGCAGCAGCUUCCCGGGGGCGUUCGGGCUAGCGCUCAGAGUGGGGGUGCCGCCCCCCCGCGCCACCCCCAGAGCGGGGGACCCUCAGGAGCAGCUGGUCCGGCACUUCCUGAUCGAGACGGGCCCGCGGGGGGUCAAAAUCCGGGGGUGCCCCGAGGAGCCUUAUUUCGGGAGCCUCCCGGCGCUGGUACUGCAGCACUCCAUCACCCCCAUCUCGCUGCCCUGCGCCCUCCGCAUCCCCCAUGCAGAGCUGCAGGAGGAGUCCCCGGACCCCCCUGGGCCCCCCAAUGUCAGCACGGCCGGAGCUCUCCUGAGGCAGGGGGCAGCCUGCUCUGUGCUGUUCCUGGGCUCGGUGGGGACCGAGGCCCUGACCGGGCCCCAGGCCGUGGCCAAGGCCGUGGGGUCCCUCCUGGAGGGCACCCCGAGUGCGGGGGUGUCCCCCCGGGCCCCCCCCAGCCCCGUGCACUUCAAGGUGUCGGCGCAGGGGAUCACCCUGACGGACCGGCAGCGCAAACUCUUUUUCCGCCGGCAUUACCCCGUGAGCAGCGUCACCCACUGCGGCACCGACCCCCAGGACCGCAGGUGGGCGAACCCCGACGGGAGCACAGCCAGGAUUUUUGGGUUCGUGGCGAAGCAGGCAGGGGCCCCGGGGGGGGGCAACGCGUGUCACGUGUUCGCCGAGCUGGACCCGGAGCAGCCGGCGGGGGCCAUCGUCACCUUCGUCACCAAAGUCCUGCUGGGGACACGGCACUGAGGGACACCAGGGACCCCCUCGGGAUCCCAAAAACCAUCUGGGGACUCCCACAGCCCCCCAAGGCAGUGGGGCUCAGGGACACCCUCAAAACCCAGUGGGACUCUCCCCCGUCUUCACCAAGGUCCGGCUGGGAACACGACAUUGAGGGACCCCCAGGACCCCCUGGGACCUCCAAAACCAUCUGGGGAUGCCCAAAACCCCCUGGAGUCCCCUGUGCCAAGGGGGGGACAGGGGGACACACAGAACCAACCUUUCCCGCCAUUAUUACCUUCAUCACCCCCAAGCCCCCACUGAGACUCCCCCAAAACCACCCCCGGCUCCCCCAAACCCUCCCAGACUCAGGGAUUCGGGGGAGCACAAGGGGACCCCCAUAAUCACCCUCCCCACCAUCUUCAUCACCAAAGUUCUACUGGGGACUCUCAAACUCCCCCUGAGACUCCCCCAGACACUCCCCAGACCCUCCAGCCCCCCUUGGAGACCCCCAAAACCUCCUGCACACCCCCAGCUGAAAAACCCCUUCCCUCAAAUGAAGAAGGAGAGGCUGGUAGAAAAGUCGUCACAGGGACACCCCCUGCGAUUUGGGGGGUCCCGGGGGAACAAUAAAUCCACAUUUAUUUUGGUGUAA